AAAUAGAAAAUGGCGAGUCUGUGCAAAAAGCAGCAAUGCACAAUCGACAGGCGCGGCUUUCGGCAGGAACUUGACUCUUGGCGACACAAACUUAUUCAUUGUGUAGGUUUUGAAAGCAUCCUUGAAGGUCUGAUUGGUCCAGAGUUGUUAAAAGACCUAACAGUAUUUAAGGAUUUUGAGCCUGUUGCUGUGUCUGACUGGUCAUUUGAUGAAAAUUGUCUGUUCUGCUGUUUGAGGAGAGAUAAAGUCAAAGAACACCUAUUUGGCUUCAACAAGAAUCAUCUUGAAGAUGCACCUAAACCUCUGCUAGUUAAAGAUCAGAUCAGAAUCAUCAGACUAGAGAAGAAGACCGAGGAGUUUUUCAAUGCAAUUCUUUGUAGAAAAGGUAUUUCUGCAGAUGUGCCAAAUUUCUCAGAUCCACACAUUCCAGUAGUGGCUCGAGAGAUUCUUCAGAGAAUGAUCAGCCAGUUUGCAGCCGAAUAUACCUCAAAAACCAGCUCUCCUCAGGACAGUCGCUCAGACUCCCCGUCUCGUUCUGACCAAAGCCGGCUGGUCCCACUCCUUCCGUCAGGGACUACUUCAACCAGCCCUGCUAACACCCUGGUUGGAGCAGCACAAAACCAGAACCCAGUCCUGAGCAAGCUUCUCAUGGCUGACCAGGAUGCUCCCUUAGACCUCACCAUUAAAAAGCCUGCGGCAGAGCACCAUGAACAAGAUGGAGUUCUUGACUUAUCUAUCAAAAAGAAUCGCUGUAGCAGCAGCAACAGCAGCAUAUCUUCCCGCAGUGUCUGCCUUUCCCCAGCUACAGUCUCGCUGAAGUGUGAGUCUCCAGACUACCGUUCUUCAAAAGCAAAAGACCUGCAGUCCACCUCUACAUUGGAACAAUUCAUGGCAAAACUGUGUCCUCACCACCAGAGACGGAUAGUAGAUGCAAUAGGUUUUCUUCAAACGGAAGUCAAGGCUCAUGCAUCCUCUAAUGUACAAAAAACAUCUGACUCUACCUCUGGCGUUCUAGGGAAAGCAUCUCUGAAUUCAGACUCUAGCAGUACAAUCCCAGAGAAAUCACGUCCUGAGCUAAAACUUCCCAAUGAAUCCACUCCUAAAGCUGAAGUCCUGGAAUUCCCCAAUUCUGUCCCAAACAGCAAUUCACAGAAGAAGAUUCCAGAGGAUGCGGUGUCCUUGAAAACAUCUAUUACCCCAGGCCCCCCGUUGGAUGUUUUUAGCCUUGGUUUCGGGAGUAACCAACCUCGGGUCAGUUCCACCCCGAGUUCAGUGGAUGGAGAGAACAAUCGUCAGAGUGAUCAGCCACCUGUUCGGAUGAAGAUCAAAACCAGCAGUGCUGCUGCUGGUAAGAAGCUGUCCUGUGUGCUCGAUAACCCUCUUUCUUCUCCCUUCCAUUUUCUCGAGGAGAAAAAGGGUUCAUCCAAUAGAUCAGAGACACACAGUGCCAGACUUAGCUCCUCUGUGAAAAGACACAGUCAGUUGAAUGUCACUCCUCAAGCUAGUCAGAAAGAGGUUCUUGAACAUCAGAAAGAUAAGACUGCAAAAGUGUUUCCAAUCCAUGUGUCCUUUCCCUCAAAUUCUGUUCGAACAGCAAGAAAGACUGUCAGGGUAUCCUCUGAAAAUCGGGUCAGGGACAAUGCCUGUAGGGAAAUAGUUGACCCUGAUAUCGGCAACUGUGACAUUGUUUUUAUUGACAAGCCAAUUACAGAUUGUUUAAAGGAAAAGCGCCGCGGCAUGGCCCCCCGCCGUAAUGCCAGAAAAAGUACUAGGGGGCAUAUGUAUUCGGAUGACAUUUGGGAGUUAAAAACAGUUCGCACAUUAGCCGGAAGGGGCAACUGUCCAAACCCAAUGCCAGAGAUGACUACACUGGUCACGCCGAAACAAAUUUUGACCAAACCUGAAGGUCUACCACCAGUAGAUAUGCCUUUUGCUGGGACAUUCUCAGAGACGGUGAAUCAACAAAUUCCGUCAGAGGAAUCGGAUGAGCAUGUCAUUCCAGGAGCAGGAGACGUUGUAGAGGUAGCCGCUAGUAAAGUAGAUGCUGUAGAGGUGGAAAUGAGUCAAACCGAUCAGGGCCAGAAUAAGGUCCAGUCUGGUUCACCACCUCUUAUGAACCUUCUAGUAGAGAGCCAAGAAACUCUUCCAGACACUUUAACAGAUCAAGAGACAAUGAACGAUCUAGGGAUGGCAAAAGAAAUCGGAGAAAGUGUUGGUCCGCCUUCAUAUGAAUCAACAACCAAUAACGAGCCAGAGUCUCAACAGGUUGUACUGGACAAUACAGAGCAAACUGUUACAGAGACACAAGUAGACUCAUUAGAGAGCCUCACCACAGAAGAGGCAGAGCACCAGCUUUCAUCAGAUAAACUUCUCAGUUGUGAGAAUGAUAUUCAGAAUAGUUCUGUUACAGUAAAUCUAGUGGAGGAUGAAAUAAAGAAGGAUAAAGAGGAAAAAACGCAAGAGGAGCAAAGUCAGGAGAUUCAACCUCAGAUGGAGUUCCAUUGUGAUAAUGUUGAAAGGACAGAAAUGUCAGUUUCUACAGGUAUAGCAGAGGAACUGACUGUAAAAAGGACAGAAACUGAAAUGCCAGAAACCAAGAACUGUGUUGAACCUGUAGAGACAGCAAAUAAUGAAGCUGAGUGCGAUGAGCCUGCAAAGCCAGUUGAUGAGCUGCCAAAGGAGUUGCCACCUUGGCAUAGAAAAAAAGACACCAAAGCUCAGCUGCCAGAUCAGUUGAGGCAGACAGAACCAGUCAUAGUUGGCUUUGUCAAUGGUAAACCAGUUUCAGCCUCAGACAGGAGUCUGCGCCAUAGAGCUGAUAGGAACCCCACACCCUCAAGUAAAACUCCAGUAAAAUCUUGUCAGGAUCUACCUAUCUGUAGUGUUUCAGAUUCUACACCUACGUCAGCUGUUGAAAACAAAAAAGCAGAGGAACCUCAACUAGAAACAAACACAUUAGAGACUUCUAUGAUUCAACAAGAUAUGGAACCGUCCUCUGACCUGCCCUCAGGCGAAACAUCUAAAUUACCUUCAAGGACUAAAGAAACCCCAAAACAAAAAAGUUCUCCGAGAAAUCAGCGCAUGAUACCUGUGCCUUCUGAUCAGUCUGCUGAUCAGACUGAAAGUACGAUAUCGAAACGCCAACUGAGAUCAACCACUCAAAAGACAGCAGCAGCAAGUAUUACCACCUCCAUUUCCUCCCCAAAGCCUUCAACUCUUAUUCUUCCACCUGCAGAACAGCUACCUUCUCUCCGCAUCCCCCCUUUUCCAUUACCUCUUACAAUAUCCUCUCUUAACAAGCAUUCUGACCCCUCGGUUUCUGAAUGCUCUCAACAGCAUAAGGUCUCUGAGACUGUGCUACCAAACACUAAAAAUACACAGCCAAUUAAGACCAUUUCCGAAGACACCCAAAAGAAUAAACUUGUGAGUGAAUCUGAGACUAAACAAACGUUAAGAUCAGGCAAAGUUGUUUCAGAUAACAGUAAAAAUGAGAAACAACACCUUAGUACUGAGGAAUCAAAUUCUUUAGAAAAGCCAUCCCCUGUAAAGACUGAAAAUCAGACCGAGUUUGUGCCAACAAGUAACAAACGUGGGCUUCGAAAGAACUCGGAUGUAGGUGAGUCUGACUUAAUCCAAAAGCAAAACGUAACUCUUGUAGAGGACAGGCUAGCAAGUGAAGAUGAGGAUUCUUCCAUGUCAGAGAGACCCAGGAGAAUGCCAUUAAGAAGUGAGACCAGUAAGGGUGAAAUGUCUGACGAGGCUGUUUCUCAGUCACCGCCGCCAGAUAACAAGAAAUUAGUCUUGAGAUCACAAAGAUCUACCCCACAUUGCAUCAGUGCUGCUGACACUCCAAAGCAAAAUGAUGUAGUCUCCCCUGUUCGAAUAAUCCCAGAAAGAACAGCCAAAACUCAGUUGAAACCCACCUCGGGGACUGUUGCGCCGUUGACCCACAGCGCCCAAACCCCUGUCAUUGCCCCAAAACAAGAACCCCCUAAACAAACUGUCAACAAAUUCUUUCAGGCUCUUACUGGUGAAGAGAACCAACACUUAAUUACAAACUUGAAUACUAAAUAUGAUAAAAUGCUAAAGGGUUGGGUACAAAUGGACAAAGAGGGUCAGCCAACAGCAAAAUACAAAAACAAAUCAGACAGACAGGCAGCUAUAUGGAAGAGUAAACGGAGGGCACGAAAACCAAAGUCUUCAGAGCAGCAGAAAUACUCACCUGUCCAAAUGCUUUUCAUGAAAGGAUUCAGUCUCACCAGCAUCUGUCGCUGGUUCCUUGAUUCAACAGAAACCAAGUCCCUUGUUAUUGUCAAGAAGGUGAAUACACGUCUUCCAUCCGAAACUGAGCUGUGCUUCCACAGCUCAUCGACUGGGUCAGGGUCCGCACAGGACGCAUUUCCAAGCCUUCAAGCAGAACGCUUAAAGAAACAUUUGAAAAAGUUUGCCAUUGCUUCUCCUGUAAAAAGCAACCCCAGAAGUCAGAAACUUAUUGCUAAAGCACUUGAACAAGAGGCAAACACAGUCAAGAGAGCAGAACUUUCUAGCAGUACUCAAAAUUUGAGUAAAUACUCUGCUGCCAAAGCCAGUGCUCAAAAAGGUGAAUCACAAAAACCUUCUGGAAAAUCUAAGAAUCCAGCUAGUGCAAGAAUCCUGAGGAAGUACUCCAAUAUUCGAGGGAAGAUGCAAGGUCAGCAAAGCACUGUUAGAAUGAAAAGGGGUUCAAAAAUGCUAAAAAACAAGAAAUCGGUGGUUGUUUCAAAGUCAUCUGCUAAAUCAAAUCUAAACUCGCAUUUAAAGGUGAAGAAAUCUACUGUACCCGUUAGCAAAAGAAUCAAAGAGUCUGCUGCAAAACUGGCAAGAAGGAAGAUUUUGACUGGGAGUAAGGCAGCAAAACCUUCUCUUCCAAAAAGGGCUGUCAAGACUCAGGCCAACAAAGCUUCAAAAGACAAAAGCAAGACAAAGCUACCAAAGAGAUGUUCGCAACGACUUGGGUCCCCUAAAGUACCUGAUUAUCAGCCUGUGGACACAUCAAAGAGCAAGAUCAGCGGCAAAAAAAUGAACGAAGUAGAACGUGAAGUAAAUAAAAAAAAACCUCAAACUAAGGAAUCUGCUCACAGCACAAUUGUGGAAAGCAAGGGUAAAGAGAUUGCUGCUGAAACGCCACAGCAGGGCGUUGACGUCAAGGCUUCAGGCUCAUCUGACCAGGUACAAACGAGGUCCCAGAGAAAAAUGGAGGCAGCGACCCCUCUGAGUGGGAGUCUUGGCAAUCCUUCAAAGAGAGCCAAAAAGGCAUCACUGGCAGAAUCUCUUAAAGCUGCCACUGAAGUAGAUGAACCUAAGCUAACAAGAAGUGGAGCUUUGAAGAGGAGUCGGGCAUCGUCACUGCCGCGCAGUGGAACUAAGGUUGCCACCAAGAGAGCCCAGGAACUCCAAGAGACCCCUGCAAAGCGCACCAGGACAAAAUAAAAUGGACCUUUUUGGAGAGAAAUUCUUUAUCUAGAGGAAUUUUGUCAAUUUUAUUUUACUAGGACCAAAAAUAUCUAUUUUGUACUCGCCCCAAACUCUCUGGACAAUUCUCCUCUCAGAAGGAGCAGAAUUUUGAAAUUCGUCCAUGCUUUUGUAAAGCUUGAUGGUGAAAACGCAAACAUGGUGCCGUAAUUCCUGAGCUGUUUUUUUCCUGUGUUCAGGAGCUACAGAGAAGUCCUGAAAGAUGUCUGACAAAUGUAGUUACUUUGUGUUUCUGCACUCUAUGAAAAUGGCUGGAGAUAACAAAUGUCUGACAAACCUCCAUUUUAGAAGGUCAGAUCAUAAGCAUCAAGCUUAUAUGGAAUUCAUCCUCACUCUUGUGCUUCUACAGUAUGUCUUUUCAUUUUUGUAUAUAUUUAUAGUUUUAGAUGAUGGCAUGUUCUGCAUUAAUUUUUUGGAGCGGGAGGGAGCUUUGAAUCAAAGUUUCACGUAUGGUAAGUUGGCAGUUUGUGUCUCCAGCCAGUCUUCCAAUCACAACAUUGUGAAUAUGUGACGUUGUGAACCAGGUGCCUUAUUUAUGAAAUGUAUUGUAAAUGAAUGUGUUGCUAAAUGUGAAAAGUUCUCUUCAUGGAGAUGCAGUUGACCUUAUUUGCUUCAAGAAGCAAUUAGGAUGUGGUAUUGUGCGCCUCUUGCUCUGGCUGCAAGUUCUUCUGAUCGGAUUUCGGGACUUCCCUGGCAGGUUUACUUUUAUGCCCAUUUCCCCCCAAAGCAUUAACAGAAAAUUGUUAUUAUAGCUUCAUUAGAUGUUAAGAUCUGCAUUGUUUAUUCAAAGAAAUGGUUGUGCUGUUCGUGUGUCAUACGUUUUGUGUUGUUUUUGUUUGUGGUCAGGUGUCAUUGCUGUGUUUCUCUACACCUACCGUUCUUGUUGAUGAGUUUCACAAAACCAAUCAAACCAGAUGUUAAACCCCACCUUUUAUUUAAACACCAAAUCUUCAGAGAACACACCCAAGAGGAAAAAAUAAAUAAAUAAAAUUUGAGAUCAUUUCAACUCUGAAGAAAAAAACAAUAAAUUUAAAUUUUAUACUAUAUUGGUUUUUAUUUGAACAUUAAUAAUUUAUAUUGACAAGCAUUUUUUAAUUUCAUUUCCUCUGAUUGUUGGGUGAGUUUUCAUAAUGUGAAGCCUGCUUAUUUCUAUAGUAAUAUUUGUAAUUAUUUUGUUAACAGCAACACAUUUUUAGGACAGUGUUAUUUGUGUCAUUUAAUUUUUACCAGGCUCUGUUUCUUUAAGGGCAUAAAUCACUUGUGGAUGCAAAACCAGUUCCACUAUGUUUUUAUUGAUAUUUAAGGUCAUUGAUUUAGAAAAUAUAUUGCAGCCCACCCAAUGUCAGACUUGAACUUGUUUAUUCUUUGCAGUUGCUAUUUAAAAAUCUGGGUUUUGUAUAUUCAAAAUAAAUACCUGCUUUAUUUGUGGUAACCCCAAGACUGACACAUCUUUAUGUUAAGAACUUUGUAUUUUGACUGGUGUUGAUAUAAAGAUGUUUUAAAUUUUA